AAAAGUGCGCCCAAACGUGGGGCCCAUCAGGAUGAAUGAAAGAGAUUUCAUUUCACUUUCUCCCAGGCCCAGCCCAUAACCAAACCACAUUUAGUGGAGUAAUUUGUACCCUUGGUCGGAGGCCUCCGUCGACGAGGGCUUGGGGCAAAGGUUCUGUACCCGCCGAUUAUCGGAAAACCAAAAUGUGGCGGAAAACCACUUUCGCGGGAAAUUACGAUUCCGACCAGAGUAUUUCCGAAGAGGAAGAUUUGGCUUCUGAUUGGCCAGAAAACUGUAUUGCGUUGUGCGGAACUGAAGAAAGGAAGGAACAAAUACAAAUUCAGUCACAGCUUGAGGUACUCAGAGAUACUCAUGAACGUGAUCAUGGAACAGAGACAUCGACUGUGUCUAACAAGAGGCAAACAGGUUUCUUUAGUGACGAAGAGGUUGAAUUUCCUGUCUUCCAUGACGACGGUGGCUUCAUCAGUUCUCCAAGGUUGGCAUCACUAUGUAACUCAGAGGAAGAAAUUCUCUCUGAUAAUGAGAAUCCACAGGAAGCCGGUCUUCGUUUUCCGGAAACGGAAAAGGGAUUAUGCCCCUGGUCUGUAGUAACUAAAGAAGCUGAGGCGCUGGCUCAUUUAACUGAGAAUGCUAGGUGUUCUUCAUUGCGUGCAGUCGCUUCGAAGGAGAACAAACAUGUUAAAGGUGGCCAAGGCAAAUCCAAAUCCAAGUUUUUGUUUCAUUUCCAGUCUCACAAAGAAGAUAUGCCUUUGCCAGUUAGUAGCAAUCCUGAGGUUAGCAUAUCAUCCAAGUUUCUCCCGUUGCUACAAGGAUUAGAAGCUGUUGACAAAAGCACAACAACCAAUUCAAUGGCCGAGCUUUUGGAUAGCUAUCAGGAAAAGACAAAUUCUAAAAUGUACAAGAGUAUGGAAGCACAAAGGAUGCAGCUGGUUGAUGAGAGAAGUGUAUCUCUGUCGGGCAAGAUAGAUAUGGACAACAACAUCCCUCCUGAGGACUUAGACACUGAAUCAUCAAGUGAUGACGGAGUAUCUCCUCAGGAUAAUGCACAAAAUUUGGGGCUUAUCAUCCCCGACUCUGUACAGAAGGCAAUGAGUGAUAAAUUUCAAGAAGCUUUUGGUGCUGCUUCUGCAAAUGAAGAGGGGCUCCAUUUGCCAUUGCAUGGCCUUGGACUAUUUGGAAAGUUGCAGCGCGUAAUGCAGAGGGAAAAGAAAACAGAGGUGGAUUUUAUGAAAAAGUUAGAGAUUGGGGCUAAUUUGAAAGAUGAAGCUACCUGCUUUGAUGUGGAAAUCCUAUCAAGGUGUCUGGAAGCAAAGCUUACUGUUUGUUGCUGCUUACUCAGGCGAGACAAUGAGGGUUUCCAGUUGACAGAGAGCCUCCAAAUGGCAAAGGGAGGUCAAAGGAGGACUUUAAUCAUCAUCUUUAGCUCAAGAGUAUGCGAAGAUGUUGAACUUGAAGUUGGAAACUUGAUAUGUAUUCACUCUCCAUGGAAUGAAGUCUUGGGAAAAGACGAGGUUAUCAUUCUGUCGGCAUAUUUCUCUCAGAUUUUAAAUUGAUCAAUUUGGCUUCACAUCUAGAAAGGUACGUUUGAGGAAGAUAUGUUCUGUCUUAAGCAUGAUCUUUGUGUACAUCCCCCAUCACUCAUGAAUAGUUUUGUUUGGUCAAUCUCAGUUUUCCUUCCGCAUGAACAAUGUUUCAACUGGCUUAAGGGAUGAGUUAAAUGAUUUGUGUUGUUUGGAAGCUGACCAUAGAAGUUUGACUGUGGUGGUUCAGAAUUUGGGUCAUUGACUGAUUGAGCAGUUUCUAUGAUUGUGGGAAUAGUAAUUAUUCACAGAAAUAGCUAGUGUGUGAUAUGGACCAAGGGGACAAACCAUAGAAAUCGCUUGGACUUCAUAAUAUUAAAAUAACUUCUCUGAAUGAUCCAGAUUGUUUGGGUCAUUAACACCCUUGGAACUGAAUAAUUGCUCCUGUCUAUAGACGUGAAAGCUGCCGUUCAAAACUCUGUCCCCCAUGCCCCAUGUGCCUCAAAAGUCAACUCUCUAAGAGUCAACCCCUCAUUGUUCACUUAUAAAACAACAACAGUGUGAUGAAUGAAGAAUCACUCACUCUAAGCAGAAAAAAAGACGUAAAAUGGAGUACAGACCAUUGGAGGUAACCAUAAUCUCAGCCAAAGGUCUCAAAGAUAUUGGCCACUUAUCCAAAAUGGAUGUCUACGUGAUCUCCACGAUCUCCGGCGAUCCGUGGACCCAUAAAACACCAGUUGACAAGGAUGGUGGGUCCCAUCCAUCUUGGGACUUCACCAUGAAAUUCACCGUUGAUGAAACGGCGAUUCAGGCGAACUCUCUGAACCUUGUCUUUCAGCUUCGGCAUGAGCGAACUCUCCUUGCAGACAAAGAUAUCGGGGAAGUCCACGUGCCCGUCAAAGAGCUCCUUGGCAAUGCUGCCGGAGACGACAAGCCUGCCGUCCUUGCUGAGUAUCCGGUGAGGAAUCCCUCCGGCAAGGACGAAGGUACACUGAAGUUCUCAUUCAAAUUUGGACCCGUAUAUAGAACUGGCGCAGGUAAUACUACACAACGUGGAAUUUCAUCGCGCACUAAAACACUUGUAAUUCUCAAUUCCAAAACUAUUACAAUUUCAUUAUUCUCCAUAGAUAGUCAACUAACAAAGUUAUGUUCAAGAUUAAAUUCACGGAAACGGAUCAUCUCAAGUCCAUGAAAAUGAACUACACAAUCUAGUUUGCCUAUUUGUGAGUCCUUCCGUGGCCCAGAAAACCAUUAAACCUUUUAGAGCUUGUUGAUAACAUCGAUCACAUCAAAAAUCAUGUUGAUCAUAUACCGAUUAUAUGGUUUCAGAAAGCAUUUAUCUUGAGAAAAAAAUAUUACAACACCGCAUUGGAAGCCCAUUUAUCUCAAGAAGAUGAAUGUGUUUCAAAAUCAUAACAGAUCUAUCCAACGUGAUACUUGGCAUGGUCAAUGUUCUCGAUGAAUUUUAAAAGUAGGAGUAACUGAUUUGGCAAAGACCCAAAAUGGGCAAACUAAAUUGUCAAAUGGACUAGAGAGCAUCCCUUUCCUAAAUUUAGAAGCCAAGUUACCGGUAUAGUUGCUUUUUGUUAUUUAAUUUCGACGGCUACAUCUCCAAUACAAAUGAUGUAGUACUGCAAAUCAGAUUCCUUUUGAAUAAAAUUAAUGAAAAUGUUAGACGUUACUUUUUUUCCCUCUUUUAAACUAGUUGCAUUCCCGUUAGGGACUCUUCUUUACAAGAAUUCCAGAAGACAAUAGUUUUAUAUACAAGUCAUCUCGUCAUGUGGGAAAGAAAGGAAGAUUAUUUUGAAGCCCCUGUUUGUAAAUCACUUUCUAGUAAUGGACGCCCUGUCUAUAUGCAGGAACUAGCUCGAUUCAUCCUCCACCAGUGAAUGUACCGGAUCCGAACACUCCACCAGCCUUCCCAGCAGGGAACCCUCCUGGAUUGCCAUUCCAGCUACCAGCAGGGUACCCUCCUCCAGCAAUGGGACAAUAUGGGUAUCCUGGGUACCCGCCACCGCCACCACUAGGCACCGGAUAUCCACCUAUGGAACCAGGAUAUGGGUAUCCCCCAGUGCAACAGCAGCAACACCCACCAAGGAGAAACCAUUAUGCGCAGAGUGCAGGGUUGGUAGGUGCACUCAUUGGUGCGAUGGUGAUAGGAGAGAAUUUGGGUAACUGAAGCUGGUGCCUGUGAUGCUGGUUUUGAUUGCGGAUUGUUGGUCUGGCUAGUUUUCUGGUUCUUUAUUUCUAUUUUUGUUUGUUCAAAAUUUCAAGAAUGUUGGCAUUUUAUGAGUUCUUGUGCCGUCUUUUUGGGCUAGUAGAUUUGAUUGAAACAGAAACGCUGUGCUUGGUUAUUGAAUUUGUAAAUGUACAGAAGAACGAAAACACAACUUUUUUUUUCAUUUUUCAAAAGAAAAUUCAUGGUUUGUUCUCA